CCUACAAAAAUUUCAUGUUUUUUCUUUAUUUGCAAUUUUUUCUUUUUAAGAAAAAAAAUCCAAAUUUGGAUCCUGAACAUUUGUAUAAAUGGAUACAUGUGGAAACCAUCGUUCUUGAUUGACCGUAUCAUUCAUACAAUUAUUAGCUUCGGGCAUUGAAGACAUGAAUCCUUUUACUGAGGCUGAUAUUGUUAUUCAGGCUACACAAGAAACUGGAGCCCUUAGAGAACGGGAGGCUACAGAGAAAACUAUUGAAGAAACACCUCCUGAAAACCAGGAAGUACUAGUGAAGUGCAUCUCACAAAACCUUGGAUAUGAUGGAGGCAAGCCUGUUGCUGCAUAUGUCAUUUACAAAUGUCUCAUCCACUGGAGAUCAUUUGAAGACAAAAGCACCAACAUCUUUAACCGUAUUGUUCAAGUGCUUGCUUCGGCCACUGAAGUCCCAGAUAAUAGUAACGAGGUUUUAGCGUAUUGGUUAUCUAAUUUAGCCACGUUGUUUUUCUUACUGCGACGCAUGUCCGCAACCGCAAGUGCUACAACACCAAUGUCCCGAGCAUUCAAGCAGAAGCUUGUUGCAUUCAUCGAGGGAAUAUAUGGAAUGAUCACAGAUAAUCUAAAGAAAGAGAUCCUUCCUCUCCUUGAGUUGUGUAUCAAGAACCCAGGGACGAUAGCAGAAAACACACAACCUCUAGUUGCUCACUGGCUUAGUAUUGUGGAAAGCCUAAACAGUUACCUGAAUCUAAUGAAAGCAAACAAUGUUCCACCUUUUUUAGUCAGCAAAAUAUUCACGCAAGUAUUCAGCUUCAUCAAUCAUCAACUUUUUAACAGUUUUCUUCUACGUCGUGAGUGUUGCUCAUUAAGCCAUGGGGAGUACGUUGAAGCAGGUUUGGCUGAACUGAAAAAAUGGUGUGUAGAGGCGACCGAUGAAUAUGUUGGCUUAGCUUGGGACGAGUUGAGGCAUACCAGGCAGGCUGUUGGUUUCCUGGUCAUUCGUGAAAAGCCGAAAAUGACCUUAGAAGAAGUAACAAGAGAACUCUGUCCGGUGCUAAGUAUACAACAGUUAUACAGAAUCAGCAUAAUGUAUUGGGAUGGCAAAUAUGGCACUCGGACUGUUUCUUCAGAUUUGGUUACAAACAUGAGGGCUAUGAUUACAGAGGACUUGAAACGGAAUCCUGUAACCAGUCCCUUUCUUUUGGACAAUGACUCGAGCAUUCCAUUCACUGUGGAGGAUAUGUCAAAAUCAAUGGAACAAGUGGAUGUAAACUACUCUGAACCCCCUCCUCAUUUGCUCAACGGCGAUUUUGAUCAGCUUCUUACUCACUAGGGCAGAAUGUGGCAUAGGAGUGUUUGAUGCAUUAAUCUUGCCCUAAAAAAGUGUAUUCAUUCUUCCUUUUAAUUUCUGGGACGGAUUCUGUUUUAGUUCUUCAAUUGCUGGUUUGAGUGUUGUUGCAAUAAUGGAACGUUUGUUUUAAUUUUUUAAUUGAUGUCUUAACAAUUGAUUGAUGCCUGAUACUAAA